AUCUACUGACAACGUUUCCCUUUUCAUAAAGACUGAAAAAAAUCUAAGUAUACCAUGAACAAAAUGAAGAAAUAUUAUUAUGGAAUUUGUUUCUUGAUUUCUGUAGCAAUCAAUAUAUUAUUUAGUACAUAUCUAUAUGUAGGUGAUGGUCGGUGGGGAGAGAACAAUCAGGAGAUUAGUUGCCGGUCGUCAUUGACAUGGAGCGAGAAAGCAGCCUCAGAGGCAGAGGCGGUUGCAGCAAUCUCAUGCUCGGGCCAUGGUAGGGCUUUCCUUGACGGUUCGAUAUCUUACGGUCAACCUGUUUGUGAAUGCUAUGGUUGUUAUGGUGGCACUGAUUGCUCAGAAUUAUCUCCUGGAUGUGCUGCUGAUGCUAAUAGUGGGGAUCCUAUAUACCUUGAGCCAUUCUGGAUGCAAAAUGCAGCCGAUACGACAGUUGUCAUAUCGGGGUGGCAUCGUAUGAGUUAUGAAUACGAUGAUGACCCUAUGAUGUCAACAGAGCUUGACAAAUACAUUCGUAAGCUACAUUCGAUUGCUGGGAAUGCGAUCACCCAAGACCGAUACAUUGUCUUUGGCGUCGGGUCAUCCCAACUUCUAAGUGCAGCUGUUUAUGCUCUCUCCUCUGAAAUCUCUUCUUCACCAUCCAACGUCCUUGCUUCCAUACCGUUCUAUCAUUUGUACAAAGAUCAAACAAGGUUCUUUAACUCAGAGAACUUUCUGUUUAGAGGAGACACAAGCUCAUGGAAAUCAAAUAAUUCAACAGAUAACAUGGAUGUGAUUGAAUUUGUAACUUCACCAACCAAUCCAGGUGGCGAGUUGAAGAAAGCGGUUCUUGGAGGGAAGACAAUAUAUGAUCAUGCCUAUUUUUGGCCACAAUUUACACCUAUUCCGGGACCUUCAGAUCAUGAUCUCAUGAUUUUUAGUCUUUCUAAGCUCACUGGUCAUGCCGGUACACGCUUUGGGUGGGCAAUUAUAAAAGAUAAAGACGUAUAUGAGAAGGUUUUAAACUAUAUCUACCUGGCUAAUGCGGGGAUCUCAAAAGACACUCAACUAAGAGUUUUAAAGGUUUUAAAAGUCGCGAUUAAAGAAGAUGGAAAACCGUUUUUCGAAUUUGCUUAUAACAAAAUGAAGGACCGUUGGGAUAGGCUGGCUUUUGUCUUCUCAAACUCCACAAGAUUUUCAAUCCAGCAAAGACAUCCUUUACACUGCAAUUUCUUUCAUGAAUCUAGGCUACCAUCUCCAGCAUAUGCAUGGGUAAGAUGUGAAAGAGACGAAGAUGAAGAUUGUCGUGUGGUGCUAGAAGCAGGAAGAAUCAUAGGCCAAAGUGGGAGUACCUUUAGUGCCAAAGAUCGCUACGCACGACUUAGUCUCAUCAAGAGCCAAGAUGACUUUGAGUUGCUUCUGCAACGACUCACCGAGCUAGUGUCUUUUGAAAAUGGUAACAUGGAGACAAUGUAAAAAGAUCGACUUGAAUUAAUCCUUAUUCCAAGAAACAUAAAAGGGAUUAUAUUGCGUCGUUCAACAAUUGUGUAACAUAAAAUUGUUAUGUGUAAUAGUAACAAAUAAGGUAAGGUUAUAUCUAUAUAAUAACCACUUGUAUAAUACGUCCUUGUUGACUUGUACAUUGGAUCAUUGACAAUCUUUAUUUAGAUGUCGUCAUGUAUGUAAAAUGUAACUGAAAAAUGAAAAUUGUUAUAGAUCUUAAGUCA